GAUUCGUCUGAUAGAUGUCUUGUUUUAGAAUUAAACAUAAAAACAUUUGUUUACAACACUUACUGAGCCUGAACGAGAGCCGUCUGCGCAUGCGCGACUCCUCCCCCUAUACUAGCCACGGCUUCCGUUGACGAGAGUUCAGUCGUUCAAACAACGAGCGCGAGGCGAGCAUGGAUCCGGAGGAGAACCGGGAGGAGAACCGGGAGUCCGAGACGUCCGGUUCCGAGUCCAGCAGCCCGUACCAGACGGAGAGCCGGGAGUCCAGCAGCGACUUCGAACCCGUCCGGGAAUCCGGGACCGCGCGCGCAAAGAAGCGAAGGAGAAGAGUCGGAGGGAAGGCGGGUCCUCACCGCUGCCAACACUGUCCCAAGAUCUGCCAGACGGCGUCGGCACUCCGGACUCAUGAGAUCGUCCACAGCGAGGAGCGGCCGUUCGAGUGCACCGACUGCGGCGCCACCUUCAAGCUCAAAAACAGCCUGAAGAUCCACCAGCGCAUCCACACCGGGGAGAAGCCGUACGCCUGCGACCAGUGUGACAAGCGGUUCGUCCACUCCUCGGGUCUGCUCCUCCACCGGAUCUCCCACGGCGCCGCCACGCCGCACAGCUGCGAGGAGUGCGGCAGCAGCUUUGGGACCAAAACCCUGCUGAGGAACCACAUGUACAUCCACACGGGCGAGAGGCCGUUCAGCUGCCCCGACUGCGAGAAGUCGUUCCGGUCGUCCGCCAUGUUGAAGAUGCACGCGGAGAUCCACAGCGGCGUGAAGUUCCCCUGCUCCUUCUGCUCCAAGAGCUUCCCCUCCAGCUCCAGCCUGAAGGGCCACAUGAAGGGCCACAACAACCAGCCCCUCCAGUGCGACCGGUGCAGCAGAACCUUCCGGCUCCGGACCUCCCUGCUGAAACACAGGCUCAUCCACCUCGGCUGUGACCGCUGCGGACAAGUGUUUGAGAAGACGGAGGACCACAUCCGGCACAAGCGCUGGCACCGGUGGGCCGACGAGCUGGACGCCGCCAAACGAGCCACCGCCGUUAAGGUUAAGGAAGAGUUCUAACCGCGGGCGACAGUCCUCCGAAAGUCCUGCAGCUGAGGUCCGGGGUCCAGGUUCUAAGGGGGGGGGGGGGUCUUGUUCAUGGUAGGAGGAAUUUUCUUCAUGGGAACAGGAGGAGUUCUCAUAGGAACAAGAGUUUUCUUCAUAGGAGGAGGACACUGAACCCCACACUGCCCCUGGUGGUUGUAGGGUGAAUGGGUGUCUCUGUUUAUGUUAGUGAGGUCACAGGUUAAGGGACCUCCGGUUCAGUUUCAGAGUUUAGAUCAGAACCGGCUCCUGGGGAACUCCGCCCGUUUAAAGAAACCUCUCACCUCGUGAACAUAUCAGUUAAUUCACUAGUGUGGCGUUCCCCAGGGGUCACAGUUGGGUCCUCAACUGUUUUAUCAACAUUUAAACACAUUUUUACAUCUCUAUCAAACAGAUUUAACUGUUCCUCUAAUUCCUAUUGAUUAUUAUUAUUGAUAAUGAGUCAUUAGAACAUUAUUCCUAAUAAUUAUUGAUUAUUAUUAUUGAUAAUGAGUCAUUAUUCCCAAUGAUUAUUGGGGCCAAAUUCUUUGUUUCUGCAGAAGUUUAAUCUCUGAAAUGUAUUUUUGGAUGAUCUCCAUCAGAUCUGUCAUGUGAUGAUGGAUUAGAUCCUCGCCGUCUGUCAGAAGACUGUGAUGUUCAUAAUCACAGAGGUUUGUUGAUAGCGGUGGUGCUGUGGAGACGCGUCUGGAGGUUCUGUUUAAGUUCAGCAGAACCGCAUGAAGGAAGAACCAGAAUCAGACGCAAACUCUGUUCUCCUGAAUCUGUGGUGGAUCCUGAUGUUCCUGAUCCAGCAGGAUCUCCUGGUGUUCCUGAUCCAGCAGGAUCUCCUGGUGUUCCUGAUCCAGCAGGAUCACCUGAUGCUCCUGAUCCAGCAGGAUGUUCCUGAUCCAGCAGGAUGUUCCUGAUCCAGCAGGAUCUCCUGGUGUUCCUGAUCCAGCAGGAUCUCCUGGUGUUCCAGAUUCAGCAGGAUCACCUGAUGUUCCUGAUCCAGCAGGAUCUCCUGAUUCAGCUGGAUUCCCUGGUGUUCCUGAUCCAGCAGGAUGUCCUGAUCCAGCAGGAUCACCUGAUGUUCCUGAUUCAGCAGGAUCUCCUGGUGUUCCUGAUCCAGCAGGAUCACCUGAUGUUCCUAAUCCAGCAGGAUCACCUGAUGUUCCUGAUCCAGCAGGAUCUCCUGAUUCAGCAGGAUCACCUGAUGUCCCUGAUCCAGCAGGAUCUAGUCUUAUCUCUGGAGUUGUGAUGAGUUUGAGGGUUUUGUUAAAAUAUUCACCAGCAGCUUUUGUGGAGCUUCAAAUUAGAAUCAUUAGUUGUUAUUGUGUAUCAAUAAUAGGUUUGUUAGUUAUAUUCUACUAUUUAUUCCUUUUUAUGAGAUGACCUAAUAAUAGUCAAACUUCUUUAUGACCACUCCUGAUGUGACACUGAUGAAUGUGUUUGACCAAAAUGUUCAUGUCAGACGACUGAGUGAAAUGAUGGAAUCUGUUUUCAGAACAGUUUAUCAUCUUCUGCUGCACAGAUACCUGUAGCUUCUGUUCAGUUAUUAAAUGAGAGAAUAACAAAAAUAACUGAAACAUAUUUACUGCUUUAGGACGUUUUUAAGACUGAAUUUUAUUUUGAAAGGAACUUAAAUGUGCUGCUGUUGGAUUCAAAUAAAUCAAGUGUUAUGUAA